AGAGGCGUUGCAAUCGAAGAGGAGUUAUCUCUUUUGUUGGGGCGAGAAAGUGUGUUGGAAAAUCUUCCAAAAUAGCCCGAUUUUUCUCAAAUCUCUCCAGGCAGGUAAGGAUGGCGGUUCAACAUCAUGUUAAAGGAUAUGAGGAGUUCACCAAAUUGGUGGACGAACUGGAGACGUCUAAGAAGACCAUUCAUAUCCUCUUCAGUGGCGGAAAACAAGAGAAUGGCGAAAGCUGGUGCCCGUAUUGCGUGAAAGCUGAGCCGGUGGUUAUGAGUGCCUUGGAGAAAGCCUCCCCUGAGAGUCACUUUAUUCAUGUGGACGUAGGCGAGAGGACAUACUGGAAGGACCUCAACUGUCCCUUCCGGAAGGAUCCCCGGACGCACCUCGUCUUCUUGCCAACGCUGCUGCGCUGGAAGUCACCUCAGCGUCUGGAUGGAGAAAAGUGCUCUAAUGCUGACCUCGUGGAGAUGCUCCUGAGCGAUGAGGAUUAAAACACUCUUGUGGAUAAAAUAAAACAUUCAGGAAUGAUAUUUACAAAUUAAAAGAUCCGCUAUACUUCUUGAUGAA